CCGGGAAAUGAGGCCCUGCCCUGGCCUGGCCGCCCUGCGCGGCUGCCCUGGCGCCCAGCGGCCCCUCAUGGCACCACGCCAGCGCCGGCGCUCUUCCUCCCGGGAGCCUCCCGCAGACCCGAACGCCCCCUGUCGGGAAGGUUGCGAAGUCCGGCCGGUGAGCCCACCUGCCCGGGCGGCGCACGACGCCGGCUAGUAGGGUGCGAGCCCACGCCGAGCGCAGCAGCAGCACCCCAGGCACGAAGCAUGCGUGGGCGGAAGGGGGCGGGGCCCUCGAGGGCGGGGCCCCGGGAGUCUCUCGGGACAACAGCGACCUUGGUGAUGCCGCACAGCGCCGUGACAACAGCCGCCGAGCAGGCGGGGAGCCGGGCCUUCCUGAGCCAUGGAGUCGAGUUCAACCACAGCCCCCCCGCCAGGGGUCCCGCCUCGGGCCACGGACACUGUGAGUGCCCCCAGGGCCCCCACAUACUGGGUGGGUGCAUGGCUGCUGAAGCCACGGAGCCGGCACCCACCUGGAGGAUGGGUGGCUGUGCCUCCCAGGUGGCCACAGGAGCUGAGGGCUGGCCGCCAGGAGUCCCUGGGGGCGCCCCCACCUGGGCGUCCCCCCUCCAGCUCGGCGAGGAGCAGUGGCUGCAGAUCUCCAAGGACCUGGUCGGCCUGGAGGUCAGGAUCCUCGGCCUUCAGGAGCAGCACGAGGCUGAGGUCUUCCAGCUGCGGAGCGAGGUGGGCAGCCCCAGAUCCCACGCGUGCCAGCCAGAGGGCGCGCCGGGGGCAGCGUGUGGCAGCGUGUGGCAGCGUGGCGGCGUGCCCACAGGUCCUGCGGCUGGAGAGCCGCGUGCUGCAGCUGGAGCAGCCCCAGAGGCCCGGACCUUCUGGCCGCCACGGACUCCAGGGAGGCAGUGUGACCCCACCUGGCCUGGGGGCCGUCCAGCCAGCCCCGUGCACCCCACAGCUCCUGGGCGGCCCGGAGCAGCUGCAGGGAGCAGUGGGGCAGGUGCUGGAGCAUCACAGGGCCCGGCAGCAGGCACUGGAGAGCCGUGUGGCAGCCCUGGGCCAGCAGCUACAGGAAGCCCGGGAGGAAGCCAGGGCAGCUGGGCAGCAACUGGCCACACAAGCUGCGGUGAGCCCCGCCCCCCGCGCCACCACCGGCUGGCGAGGGUCCGAGGGCGGAGUGCGAGGGCCGCCUCCCCCGCAGGCGCUGCAGCAGGCCCAGGCCGAGACCGCGCGGCUGCAGCUGCAGCUGAAGCAGCGGACGGAGGAGCACGCGGCCCAGCUGCAGCGCUGCGCCCGGCAGGCGGUGGCAGGCCCUGAGCCGGCGGCCGUGGCCCUGCGCCCGUUCCUGGAGGCCACUCUGCAGGACAUCCGGGCGGCGCACCGAAGCCGAGAGCAGCAGCUGGCACGGGCCGCCCGCACCUUCCAGAGACGCCUGGCAGACCUGAGCCGCAGGCACGAGGAGCUGCUGGCCACCCACAGCUCUGGGGUCUGCCCCUACGGACACUGGCCUGGUGGUGUAGCCCCCAUGGCCAGACGGCGGCACGUGGCGGCGCAUGUCGAGGCCGGGCGGUCACCGGUCAGCUCCUGGCCCGCCAGGCAGGCCUUCCAGACCACAACUCCCUCCCGCAGGGGCACGGAUGCCGCGUCCUGGGCCCAGACCUGCCAGAAGCUCUGGGACUUCUCCCGUGGCACCCAGGCGGAGCUGGAGCAGGAGCGGGCGCAGCUGCUGGGCCGGGCGGCAGUCGCCGAGCAGCAGCUGUCUCGGCUGCAGGAGUACGUGGCGCAGCACCUGGGCAGGUACAAGCAGGAAAUCCUGAGGCUGAGGAAGCUGGUGGGCGUGGGGGCGCCCCGCGAAGUGGGGGCCGCACUUGCGGCUGAGCUCCAAGGCCCGGGGGCCCGCAGCCGCUGGCCGGCCUGGCCAGCACAGAGCCUGCCGCUCGGGCUGCCCGGGCAGGAGCCGCCCCGCUGAGCUCCGCGCCAAACAAGAGUCGGGACAGA